AUGUCCGGCUCCGGCAGGAAAGACUUCGACGUGAAGCACAUCCUGCGCCUCCGCUGGAAACUGUUCAGCCACCCCUCGCCGGCGGGCGGCCCGGCGGGGGGAGGCUGCCUGCCGCCCGACAGCAGCUUCGAGCACUGGGGACCGAGCCAGAGCCGCCUGCUGAAGAGCCAGGAAAGAGGCAACGGCGUCUUCUGGAAGAAAUCCACCUCCUCCGCCUCCUCCUCGGCGGCCACCACGGCCAGCCCGCCCAACGGGACGCUGCUGCCCGCCGGCGGCCGGCCGGCCACGGGGCACGGCCCGGGACCGCCGCCGCCCCGCACCGUCUUCUACGUGGAGUCCCUGGAGGAGGAGGAGGAGGAGGAGGCGGUGCCCGGCGGGAUGGAGGUGGCCCGCGAGCCCGAGAAGCCCCUGGCGGCGCCGGAGCGGGAGGAGGCGCCGGGGGGCUGCGCCGAUGGAGGCAGCCGGGCAACAGGUGACGGAGGCGGGCACAGACUGUCAGGAGCCAGCCACCCCUUGCCACCCCACUGUGACAUGGAUUCCUGUAGCUCUGAGGAAUUCUACCAGGCUGUUCACCAUGCAGAGCAAACCUUCAGGAAAAUGGAGAGCUACUUGAAGCAGCAGCAGCUCUGUGAUGUUAUCCUGAUUGCUGGGGAUCGCAAGAUACCUGCACACAGACUUGUCCUCAGUUCUGUCUCUGACUACUUUGCUGCCAUGUUUACAAGUGAUGUUUGUGAAGCCAAGCAAGAAGAGAUCAAAAUGGAAGGCAUAGACCCCAAUGCGCUGUGGGACCUUGUUCAGUUUGCAUAUACAGGCUGCCUGGAAUUAAAAGAAGACACCAUUGAAAACCUUCUAGCAGCUGCCUGCCUUCUCCAGCUCCCCCAAGUAGUAGAGGUUUGCUGCCAUUUUCUAAUGAAGCUUUUGCACCCAUCCAACUGUUUGGGAAUACGAGCAUUUGCAGAUGCACAAGGGUGCACAGAGCUUAUGAAGGUGGCUCACAACUACACCAUGGAGAAUAUAAUGGAAGUUAUACGAAAUCAAGAAUUUUUACUUCUACCUGCUGAAGAACUCCAUAAACUUCUUGCCAGUGAUGAUGUGAAUGUUCCUGAUGAAGAGACCAUUUUCCAUGCCUUAAUGAUGUGGGUGAAAUAUGAUAUGCAGAGGCGAUGCAAUGACCUAAGUAUGCUGCUUGCUUAUAUCAGAUUACCACUCCUUCCACCUCAGAUAUUGGCUGACCUGGAAAACCAUGCACUCUUUAAGGAUGACCUAGAAUGUCAGAAGCUUAUUCUGGAAGCCAUGAAAUAUCAUCUUUUACCAGAAAGAAGAACUCUUAUGCAAAGUCCAAGAACUAAGCCUAGAAAAUCUACAGUUGGAACACUUUACGCUGUUGGAGGAAUGGAUAACAACAAAGGAGCUACAACUAUUGAAAAGUAUGAUCUCAGAACAAACAUAUGGAUUCAGGCUGGAGUAAUGAAUGGCAGGAGGCUUCAGUUUGGUGUUGCUGUCAUCGAUGACAAGCUGUUUGUCAUUGGAGGCCGGGAUGGUUUAAAGACAUUAAACACUGUUGAAUGUUACAAUCCAAAGACCAAGGCUUGGACUGUGUUACCACCUAUGUCAACGCACAGGCAUGGCUUAGGAGUUACAGUGCUUGAAGGGCCUAUUUAUGCAGUGGGAGGACAUGAUGGCUGGAGUUAUUUGAACACAGUUGAGAGGUGGGACCCUCAAAGUCAGCAGUGGACAUUUGUGGCAAGUAUGUCAAUUGCCAGAAGCACUGUUGGAGUAGCAGCAUUAAAUGGCAAGUUAUAUUCGGUUGGAGGUCGGGAUGGAAGUUCAUGUUUGAGUUCAAUGGAAUAUUAUGAUCCUCACACGAAUAAAUGGAAUAUGUGUGCUCCUAUGUGUAAGAGAAGAGGAGGUGUAGGAGUGGCUACCUGUGAUGGCUUUCUUUAUGCAGUUGGAGGUCAUGAUGCUCCUGCUUCUAAUCACUGUUCUCGACUGCUGGAUUAUGUGGAAAGGUAUGACCCAAAAACUGAUACAUGGACAAUGGUGGCUCCACUGAGUAUGCCUCGAGAUGCUGUUGGUGUUUGUCUCCUUGGUGACAAAUUAUAUGCAGUGGGUGGCUACGAUGGUCAAUCAUACCUGAACACUAUGGAAGCAUAUGACCCUCAAACUAAUGAGUGGACACAGAUGGCUUCCUUAAAUAUUGGAAGGGCUGGUGCCUGUGUUGUAGUCAUCAAACAACCGUGACUUUGUCAGCACUGCUUAGGAUUUUACUGACUGUGAAAUGAUUAUUUUUCUAUGAGACAAAAAGAAUGAUAACUUCACAAAAGCAAGUAUCUAAACAGUGAAUACACUGUUGAUCACAAACUUGAAGAAGUUUGGAAGUGACAAAGAUUAAGUAUUUAUGCCCUAUAAAAUCAUAAAACUGUUCACAGUCAGUGAACAAGGAAAAAGCCCCCGAGUAUUGUAGGCGUAAAUAUGUGAAUGUAGAGUAGUAAGUUCAGGUAUCGUUCUCAUGAAUGUGUCCUGGAGAACUGGAUAAUCAUGGAAAAUCUACACAAAGAGUGGAAAGGAAUAUGAGAACAGUUUUCAUGGCUGCAAGAGAACUGCAGAAACAUGAAAGUAUAUUUAAUCAAUUUUAAACUGUGUUUUUUAAAAGAGAAAAGUGGGUAGUAAUAUAAUUUUUUGCUGUUAAGUCUUGUCUUCAAAUGGGUUAUGGUCUUCUCAUUUAAAUGAGCAGUUUGACUUUACUGAAAGGAAGAGGUCAAAUGGUCUGGAUAUUCAUAGUGACUGAGCUGUGACUCUAGAGCAGGAAGAAACACAAAACUAAAAGUAGACUUGUUUUGUAACUUCAGGUUGUACCUCCUCACCUGUGUUAAUGCAUCAUAUAAAUGAGUCUGUUGAGGGGGAAGCCUGUGUGUUUAAUCAAGUAAUAUAAAGCAGU